UGCGGUGGCCCCCGCAGGGCGCACGCACGUCCCGGGUGGCGAUGGGUGCGGGUCCCCGUCUCCGCCCCGCCCCGAUCCUGUUUGGCCCCGAGAAGCCGAGCGAGCGAGCGACAGGAGCACCCCGGCGCCCAGCACGUCCAUGGCUUAGCGCUGCUCCGCCAGGGAGGGACCCGGCUAGGUGAGGCCCGGUUCGGAACUCUGCAGAUCUCUUUGUGGACGACCUGACCCCGAAUUGCAGAGCACCAAGUGGAAAGGGUGGAAAGCGGUCGGUCCUCCCGGGAUGUGGGCAGUUUCCUUGGAAGCGGGGUCCAGUGUGAGAGUACUUGGAGCAGUGACUGCCCUCUGGUGGUGAGCCAGAAUUGUCGCUUUGUGUCACCUAAUGGUUACUAAGAUGCCCACCUUGACUAACAUGGUACAAUGGGCAACAGGGGACCGGGGGACCAGCUGAAGAAUGUCUGAUGUUAGAGUAUGUCUGAUGAAGAAGCCUACUGAAAUAACCCUUCACUUCUACCUGAAUUGGUUGUUUACCCUGGAUUCUGAGCCAAGAGCCAGCUCUAAAAUGGGAUCUCUGAAGGAAAGAUUUGAGUUCCUCUUGUGUUUUAGUCGGAGGUCUACAUCCCUGCCAGUGGGUAACCAAGACUGUGAAUAAGUACCCACCAAGAAAGCAUGUGGGGACAUGGAGCCUGAAAUAAACUGCUCUGAAUUUUGCGACAGUUUUCCCGGCCAGGAGCUGGAUCAAAGACCCCUUCAUGAUCUCUGCAAGACAACAAUUGUAAACCAUUUCCCAGGACAGCGGCAAGACCAUCUCUUCAUUAUCUCCUGCCCUCCUGUGUAUUGUUUGGACUUUUCUCAGCUGUGGAUUACUUUUGAUGCUCUUCUUUCUUGCCUUCACAAUUCACUGCAGGAAGAACAGGAUUGUGAAGAUGUCCAGUCCCAAUCUGAACAUUGUGACCUUGUUGGGAAGUUGUCUGACUUACAGUAGCGCUUACCUCUUUGGAAUUCAAGAGGAUUUAGUGGGGAGCUCAAUGGAAACUCUCAUCCAGAUAAGACUGUCCAUGCUGUGCAUUGGGACCUCCCUUGUGUUUGGCCCCAUUCUGGGGAAGAGUUGGCGACUCUACAAGGUGUUUACCCAGAGGGUCCCGAACAAGAGAGUGAUUAUCAAAGACCUGCAGUUGCUGGGGUUGGUGGCAGCCCUGGUGAUGGCUGAUGUGGUCCUGCUUGUGACAUGGGUGCUGACCGAUCCUGUCCAGUGCCUCCAGAUCCUUGGUGUCAGCAUGAUGGUGACAGGGAGAGAUGUAUCCUGCUCUUUGACCAAUACACGCUUCUGUGCUUCACGGUACUCUGAUGUCUGGAUUGCUCUCAUUUGGGGAUGCAAGGGGCUGCUCCUGCUGUGUGGUGCCUACCUGGCUGGCCUGACAGACCAUGUCAGCGCUCCUCCUGUGAAUCAGUCCCUAACCAUCACGGUUGGGGUCAACCUGCUGGUCCUGGCUGCUGGGCUGCUUUUUGUGGUCACCAGAUACUUGCACACCUGGCCCAACCUGGUCUUUGGACUCACAUCUGGAGGCAUCUUUGUUUGUACAACCACAGUCAACUGCUUUAUCUUCAUUCCCCAGCUGAAGCAAUGGAAGACAUUUGAAGGAGAAAACCAAACAAUCAGACACAUGGCCAAAUAUUUCAACACUCCCAGCAAAAGCUUCCAUCCACAGUUUGGUGAGGAGCAGAGCUGCCAUGCACAGGGCGAGAAGAGCUCAAUGGAGAGGCUGCUCACAGAGAAAAAUGCAGUGAUUGAAAGCCUGCAGGAGCAGGUAAACAAUGCCAAAGAGAAGCUAGUGAAGCUGAUGUCUGCUGAGUGUGCCUGUUAUCCCCCAGAGUGGGCUGUCCCUCCCACCUCCUCCCAGGGCGAGGGCAUCCCAGCUGCAGCCUCUGUCCCUGGCCUGGCACAGGGACCCUCAGAAUGCCCCUCUGUUCCACAGAAAGACCCUGACACAGCUGCCCAGGACUCCCAUUGCACCUCAGGGCCCUCCGCAGGCACGCAAAGCCCCCGGGCCCCUGGGAGGAACGCCAGCCCCUCCCUAGGCCUGAAGAAGACACCUAACUUGAAAGACUUCUCUGAUCACCUAGACCUGAAUAAUAGCCAGAAGCCACAGGCUGAGCAGAGCCAGGGUUCACAAAGAGGAGACCAUGGGCCCAUGGCCCCCAGCCAGAGUCUCGUCCCAGGCAGAGGGGCCUCAGAUCCCCAGAGACAGAGGCAGAGCUCAGAGGAGCCCCUAGAGAGGCUCCCUAGGGUCAGUUGGGUGGUCAGGGAAAAACUUCAGGAAGUCAUACAAGAGCUGGGCCUGAACCGCGGGGCUCCCUUCCCCAACUCCCUGUCUUGUCCCCAGCAGCCCUGGAAGGGCAGUGCUGCCCACAGCCCACAGAAGAUGCCAGUCUCCAGGGAGCUGGGCUUCAGCCCUUACAUAGUGAGGAGGAGGCGGACAGCUCAGCGGGCUCGCUCUCACUUACCUGGUUCUGUGCCCUCCUAUGUGGGGCAUCAGACAGAUCAGACUCUUUCUGGGACACACAGUGGGCUGAAUAUACAGAGUGGGGACAGUCCCGGACUGGAUCACCAAACCACUGAUUGUAAGGUACAAAGGCCCUCUUCCAGGAAGGCUUCACUUCUCCCAGAUCCUCAAGAGAGGUUGGGCAGCAAACAAGGCCAGGCAGAGCCUCAGGGGGCCAGGGCAAGCAGUGCAGCCUUUCCUCCCCAGCCUUCAGCCUCUGCCUGGGCACAGGGGCCCAUGAGCCCAUACCUGUCCACCUCACCAGUCCUGCCCAAGCAGCAGCAGCUUCAGCUCCCAGGAGCCCCUGGCUCUCCCUCCCUGUCUUCUCAGUGUAACUACCUCGACACUGAGUCCAGCAGCUCAGACGAGUUCUUCUGCCACUGCCACAGGCCCUACUGUGAAAUCUGCUUCCAGAGCUCCUCUGACUCCAGUGACAGUGGCACGUCAGACACUGACCCUGAACCUGCUGCAGGACUGGCCUCAUGGGAAAAGCUGUGGGCCCACUCCAAGCCCAUUGUGAACUUCAAAGAUGACUUGAAACCCACGCUGGUAUGAAAAGCAGCAGGGUCAGUCUGGCUGAAGACAUCAGUCCAGGUUGAGCUGAAGCAAGGCCUUCAGAAGGAGAGCAAGGGUCUGGUCACUGGGGAACACUCAGGGCCCUGCACUUGACCAGCCCUGACCACAUUUCACUCACUGUGAAACUCUGAGCACUUCCUGAGUUGUAAAAAGAGGGGUAUUGUCUGUCUUCCUCCUAUCUCAUAGCAUUACUGUCAAUGACUCCAGUUGAGUGACUAUAAAAAAUACCAACUCCUCUAAUAAAAGGUGCUAAAUGAGCACACAGUUUUCUUUCUAGGUCAGGCUGCAUCCUCCAAGACUUUUAAUGUAUACCGGUGGAUGGCCGGAUGGACAGAAAGAUGGAGGAUGGACAGGAGAUUUCUGCAGAACCUAAAUUGUGGGCUAUGAUCCAUGAAGCUCGCCUUCUGGUGGGCAGACUUACCAAGAACAUCCCUGGUCCUUUCAUUUCUAGAAGGGGUUGUCUUUUUUCUACUGAAAUUAUAAACAGUGUCAUGCCUGUGCUCCAGCUUCUGCCAGCCCCCCUCACCCUGCCUGCCUCACUAGCCUUCCUGUGUCCACCCUCAUGCCAUCUCAUCACUGUCUCUGAGACGAUCAGAUCCUCUGUACCUACCGCUGUGCAGGUCUCUGCUGUGCUCACUCAAACUGUCUCCUGGCCAUGUGGCUCAUCCCCAUAGGUCUCCCAGUGGCAUGGUGUUGUGCUGGGAGGAAGUAAGGGUUGGGGUAGGAAGGAGCUGCUGGUCCCGAGGUGCUUUCAGUGCCACUGGGGUCACAUGACCACCAAAGACACACACAAACCUGGAGACAAACUGGGGAAAUGGGAAAAAGGAGUGAUAACACAAGAAAGCAAACAGGUUGUGAACAUUUCACUUGAGUUGGCUCUGCACUUGGCAAGAUCAAAAGUCAGUAAUUCUUGGGAUAACCCUGUGAAGUAGACAUUCAUUUUUAUAGAUGGGAAUCUGAGGCUUAGAGACUAAGGUCACUUCCCAAGUAUCACACUGCCAGAGAGUGGCUGAUGGAGAGUUUGCACAUGGCUCCCAGUCCUCUUGGCUGGUGGACUUCCUAGGGGUGUAUCUCUUCACUCUUCCAGGGUGGCAGGUGAGGCGGCUGAGCAGGCAGAUCAUAUAGCAAAGGUGGUGUGAGACAGCUGUGAGGUGCUCACCCUGCAGCCUGGGUUGACAAAACUGGGCUCCUGGCCUCCACUUCCUCCCUGAACCUUCAAGGAGUGGGGAAGUUGGUAAGGAUGAGUGGCAGGCACUCGCCUCUGACCAAAGCCACAGGGAGAGCAAGCUGGGCUCACCUCCCUUAUUUCUGAACUGGUUGUCAUUUACAGGGUCUCCCCACCCCUUCUGUGUGUGCAUCUGUGGUUUUUGUGAAGGAGUUAGGGCCUGGGAGGGGGAUAUUUGGCACUAAGUUUUUCAGAUUUAUCACACUUUCAAGUCUGCUGACACCCUGUGAUCCUCCAGAUGCUAAACCAGGAGGUGGUUUACUGUCUACUUUCAAAUACAGAUUUCAUAAUUUUUUCCAUGUGUGGGUUUAUAGUCUCUGCAUGUGUUGUUUGUAUGCUGUCCAAGCAGUACCUUAAUAAAAGAGAUUUGACUGCUAA